AUGAAGAGGAUUGGUGAAGCCAUGGAUCUCUUUCAAGAAAUGCAAUGCAAAGGUUUGUUUCCUGAUAUUGUGACAUAUAAUACUCUUAUUGAUGGCCUGUUCAAAUCAGGAAAGAUCUCAAACGUGCAGGAACUUAUUUAUGAUAUGCAUGAUAGUGGUCAUCUGCCAGAUAUAGUAACCUACAAUGUCUUGUUGGAUGGAUUGUGCAAGAGCCAGCAUCUUGAUGAAGCAAUUAUGCUAUUCGAAGAAAUGGGUGUCCUAGGAAAACAACCUGAUAUUUACACACACACCAUUCUUAUUGGUGGUUUGUGCAAGGAUGGUAAAUUAAAUACUGCUCAACAAGUUUUUCAGUAUCUUUUGGCUAAUGGUCAUUCUCUAAAUGUCCAAGAAUAUACUGCUAUGAUUAAUGGACUGUGUAAAGAGGGCUUGUUUGAUGAGGGACGGGCAUUACUUUUUCAAAUGAUUGACAAUGGGUGCCUCCCAAAUUUUGGAACUUUUAAAACAAUGAUCGGAACUCUUUUGGAGAAAGGUGAGAUUGAUAAGGCGGAGAAUAUUCUUCAUGAAAUAGUUGCUAGAGGUCUUCAAAGACGAUAA